UCAGCUUCUCCAACCUUCCACUCUAUUUCGUCGACGGCUCCAACUAUAAAACCCUUUACUCUCUCUCUACUCUCCAUUCUCUCCAUCUCCCUCUCGAUAUGGCUCGACCUUUAUCCCAAGCCCUACUUCGCAAUACCCGAUCAGUGCCCUGUGACCGCUCGGCCUUCGGCCACCUCCUCCGCAGCAUCGCUUACUCACCUUCGUCUCGCCGCGUCGGUAUCCGCCGCCACUCGGACCAGCCGAAGGCCGGCCAACUGAUAGAGAUCGAUCUAAGCCAGGGAACAGAUGCCUCCAACGUAGAUGUAGAGAUACCAACCACGCGUAGGCUGGAAGAGGCCAUCGAGGUAUUCUUCGUCCAUAAAUCUGCUCCCAUAUGGCUACCCUUCGCUCCGGGCUCUUCUUACUGGAUACCGCCGAGAUCUCGAAGUCAAGGCUUUGUUCCGGGGAUUUUUGGUAGAUUGGAGGAGUCGCUGACGAAGGAGGAGGUGCUUUCUCACAGCUCCCGUCGAGGGUGGCCGUCGUUAUCGUACUUCGUGGAUGGUGUGAUGCCUAAACAUCAUUCAACGAAGAUAUUGACCAAAACUGCAGGCGGACCUGAAGCUCAAUCCGAUGAGGACUAAUGGCCAAGCAAUAACAUCUUUCGAAUAAGAGACAGAAUCUCAGUGAGGUGUGGGGCCCUUUUUCUGAAUUUUUUUUUUAUAAAUAUAUUUCUCAGUUAAAUCUUGUACUUAGUUACAUGUACAGUAUCUGUUGUUACAGUAUUGUUCAAUCUGCAAUUCUAUUAUUGAAAACAUGCUUCUUUCACGGAAAAUGCUUUAACUGCUGCUCUCUGUAACAGCUUGAGAUCAGACUUUUAUAUCUUGGUUGACUCGAAAACAUUUUAUUAGCCAGUUUAUUAGCUUGUAAGCUGCCUCUUUUUCUCUAGGGGGCUGUUUAGUGACGGAUUUAAUUAUUUGCCUACAUAAACUUUCAUAUUUG